AUGUUUAAUCCGGAUUCCCUUCCCUACUACAAUCCGGCUGAAGAUCGUAAAGUGGCUGUCAUCACAGGUGGUAACAGUGGUAUAGGAUGGUAUACGGUAUUACAUCUUUACAUGCAUGGAUUCGUGGUUUACAUAUGCGGCAGAAACUCUAAUAGGGUUAACAAAGCUAUCAAGGAACUAGAAAUGGAAGCUGCAAACCGUAUCUCUAAAAGAAGCAAGGAUUCACAAGAAAUUCACCUCGGUUCAUUACAUUACUUGCACAAUGACUUAUCGGAUUUAAAAUGUGUGGAAAGAGCCGCUUCCAAGAUUUGUAAAAGGGAACAGAAAUUAGACGUUUUAAUAAAUAAUGCAGCUACAGUCGCACUCCCGUAUGAACUCACUAAGGACAAUUUCGAAAUUCAACUUCAAACGAACUACAUUGCCCAUUUCCUACUGUCCCUUAGACUACUACCAUUACUGCAAAGAGCACAGGGAAGAUUAAUUACUUUAACAUCUGUGUGUCAUCAGAUAGAAUUUCGUUACUGGGGGUUAAGUCAGGAUUGGAAUUACGGGCCAAAUAUGCUUUUUACAUGGCUUCGGUAUGCAAUGGCCAAGACAGCAUCGAUCCAAUUCACUAAGAUGAUGGCAAUCAAGUACCCUGAAGUACUGUGCCUAUCGAUACAUCCUGGUAUGGUAAUGAGCACACAUAUCUUUAGCUAUUGGACUAGACUACCGAUUGUGGGAAUUUUCUUUUGGAUGUUCUUCCAAAUAGUAGGGUUUUUCUUUGGUGUUUCUAACGAACAGGGAUCACUAGCUACUCUAAGAUGUGCUUUAUCACCGCAUCUUAAUACCGACAAGGAUAACGGUAAGUAUUUUACAACAGAAGGUGUAGAAUCUAAGCCGAGCUAUAUCGCUAACAACCUAGAUGACGCUGCUUCAACAUGGAUAUGGACGGUGCAUGCACUAAGGGAUCGUGGGUUUGAUAUCUAG